AUGUCCAUCCCCCCGGCCUCUCCCGCGCGAGCCGCCACGCUCCUCGCCAACCUGACCUCCGUGACCUCGCGCAUCACGGCGGCGGCCAAAUCCGACCGGCCGAUCCGGCUGAUCGCGGUGUCAAAGCUGAAGCCCGCAUCGGACAUCCUGGCGCUGCACCAGCCGCCGGGGGGUCACCUGCACUUUGGCGAAAACUACCUGCAGGAGCUACAGGAGAAGGCGAAGCUGCUCCCGGCGAGCAUCCGGUGGCACUUCAUCGGCGGGCUGCAGUCGAACAAGUGCGUGACGCUGGCGCGCGACGUGCGCGGCCUGUGGGCUGUCGAGAGCGUCGACUCGGAGAAGAAGGCCUCGCUGCUGGACAAGGGGUGGGGGGAGCGGUCGGCGGAGCUGCGCGCGUCGGAUGCCGAGGACCGGCUGCGCGUGUUUGUGCAGGUCAAUACCUCCGGCGAAGAGAAUAAGUCUGGCGUGGAUCCAGGCGACGGGGCCGUCGCGCUGUGCAGGUUCAUCCGCGAUAAGUGUCCGCGGCUGCGGCUGCAGGGCGUUAUGACUAUCGGGGCGAUUGCGAGGUCCAAAGCGACGACGCCGGAGAAUGAGAAUGAGGACUUUUUGUGUCUGCGGGACACGCGCGAUCGGGUUGUGAAGGAGUUGGGGCUGGAGGGGCUCGAGUUGAGUAUGGGCAUGAGUGAGGAUUUUGAGGGCGCGAUUGCGCUGGGCAGUGAUGAGUCACACCAGCUCACUACCGCCAUGUCCAGCUCCGGCAGAGGAUACACCCACACCGGCUCCGGCACCAACAGCCCGGGCAACCACUGGUGCUCCCGCGACUACGGCACCGGCUCCAACUCCAACGGCUACGGCGCCGGUGACGCCUACCACUACUCGAACUCACUCUCUAGCAACUAUAAAUGA